CAAUUCACUGAUCCUCGAGUCUAGAUUAGUAUUAUGACGUGUUGCUAUCAGUAACCUUGAAUAACCAAACUGUGAUUUGUGUGGCAUUCCUAUCGAAAACGUGUAACUGAUCAAUUCCAGUGCAACCAUUAAUAAAAAAAAGACAUUUUGUGAAAAAUGGUUUCGCUCUAUUUAUUGAAAAUUAUUGGAAUUAUCACAAUUGUAAUCAGUGGUGAAACAAAUGGGGCCCGAAUUUUGGGACUUUUUCCACUAAAUGGGAAAAGUCAUUUUAUCAUGUGCGAGCAACUGAUGAAAGCUUUGGCAAAAAAAGGACAUCAAGUAGAUGUGAUUAGCCACUUUCCGUUAAAGAAACCAUUUCCUAACUAUAAGGAUUUCAGUUUAGAAGGUUCGCUACCAAAUGUACAAAACAACGUAACUUAUGAAGAAUUACAGAAAUUUGCAGCCUUUAAUUUGAAGCAUUUUACCGAUAAAGCUGGAAUCGAAAUAUGUAAAUUAAUGAAACAUCCAGUGAUAAAUAAUAUCAUCAAAAAUCCACCAAAUGACCCUCCUUAUGAUGUCGUCAUUUUAGAGAUUUUUGCAGCCAACUGUUAUUUUGCGAUCGGAAGGCAUUUAAGGGUGCCAAUAAUAGGAGUUUCAACAACUCCAUUGCUUGGUUGGUUCAACGAUCCAAUUGGAAAUCCAGUAAACCCAGCAAUUAUGCCUGAACUUUUUUCUGGACUUCCUCAAAAAAUGAAUUUUUGGCAACGAUUACAAAACACGUUGAUGUCUUAUAUUGUCAAGCAGCAAUUUAAUUAUUAUGCAACUAAACAAAAACAAUAUGUGGAUGAACAUUUUGGACCAGGAUAUCCGAGCGUUUAUGAACUAUCAACAGAAAUGUCUUUGAUCUUAGCAAAUAUACAUUAUAGUUUGAAUGGUGUUCAACCUUUGACACCAGCAGUUAUCGAAGUGGGAGGCAUGCACAUUGAGGACUCUGGAGAAAAAUUGAUACCGGAGCUUCAAUCAUGGUUGGAUGAAAGCAAACAUGGAUGUGUUUACGUGAGUUUUGGGUCGAUGGUGAAAAUUGAAUCCUUUCCAAGAGAAACACUGAAAGCUUUUUAUGCUACUUUUAAAAAUUUAGCACCUGUGCGUGUUUUAAUGAAAAUUUCUGAGCCGAAAGAUUUGCUUCCGGGUCUUCCGGAAAAUGUAAAAACUUAUCACUGGCUGCCACAGAUUCAAAUUUUAAAGCACAAAAAUGUGAAAGUUUUUGUGACCCAUGGUGGUCUCAUGGGGACUUUAGAAUCCAUUUACGCUGGUGUGGCAAUGGUCGGAAUACCCCUCUUUGGAGAUCAAUUUCUAAAUAUUGGUUCUUAUCAAAAAAAGAGAAUUGCAGUUUCAUUAGACUACAGAAACAUUACUGAAACUGCUUUAACUGAGGCUAUCAACACGGUUUUGAAUGAUCCCGCAUACCGAAAUAACAUCGAAAGGGUAUCAAAACUUUAUUACGACAGAUUAAUGAAUCCUAAAGACACAGCCGUUUUCUGGACGGAAUAUGUCAUAAGACACGGCAAUGUACUGAGAUCUCCAGCGAUAGAUUUAAAAUGGUAUCAAGUCCAUUUACUGGAUGUUUACGGGUUUCUCUUCUUUAUCACCUUGCUCAUUUUUUGUAUUAUUUUAUUUAUACUCAGAACUUUAGUCAGGUGUGUAUAUUGUAAAAAAAAAAUAGAAAAAUCGUUCUCAUCAAAAAAGCAAAAAUAAUUUUGAAAUUCUUGUGAAAAAACGAUUUAUAAAAACAAUGCUUAAUAUACUUUUUGUCUAGGAAUCCAAUUAGGGACCGGUCGGACCCCGGCUGGAUAGCCCCGGUUUUAACCGGGCGCUGGUGGGGGUGACUUGCCGGGAUCUGGCUAAAAACGUCACGGUAAACUGGUUUGGAUGCCGGCUUCAAUUCUGGCCGGGAUCCGGUCGGGCAAUCCGACCACAAAGCGGUUAAAAAUGUUCCUUCAGGCGAGAAAUUGAUAACUUGUUUUGUCUUUUAAGGCUCAUUGUGAAUAACGCGGUGAACUUCAAAAGUCAAACAAAGUAAAGUUUCAUCCUUAAAUUAUACUUUUCAAAUAAUAAUUCAUCUAGCAGUCAUAAUUACGUCUUUGAUAGUGUCACGGCUUGUUUGUGUUACCGAAAGAAAUGUACACUCAAAACAGUUGAAGUAACAAUGAAUGAUACUUGCAAGUCUGAGUUCAGAGAACCACGAAGUCAACAAAAAAUAAAUAAAAGUCAAUAAAGAAAUAUGAACAUCGAA